AUGGACGCAGACGGAAGCCUAACGAUCUUAGAACUCGCGGCGCUUCUCCGGUCACUCGGCCUCAAACCUUCCGGCGACCAAAUCCACGUGUUGUUAGCCAGCAUGGACGCGAACGGCAACGGUUUUGUGGAAUUCGACGAGCUCGUAGGCGCCAUACUUCCCGACCUAAACGAGGAGAUCCUAAUCAACUCCGAGCAAUUACUCGGCAUUUUCAAGUCAUUCGACAGAGACGGCAAUGGAUUCAUUAGCGCGGCUGAAUUGGCAGGAGCCAUGGCCAAAAUGGGACAACCAUUGACGUAUAAAGAAUUAACGGAGAUGAUCAAAGAAGCUGAUACGAAUGGUGAUGGUGUUAUUAGCUUUGGUGAAUUUGCUUCUAUUAUGGCCAAAUCUGCUGUUGAUUAUUUCGGUUUAAAAGUCAAUACAUGA